UGGGGCACGUAGUUUUUGAACCCUUCACUUCAGCCCUGCCUGGGUCAGCAAAGGACAGGGUUUACUUGACUGUUUUUUUUCAAAGUGUUACUUGCCUUGUGUAAUGGUUGGUUUCGUUGUGUAGAAAUGGCCACGGAGGCAGUGCAGAAAGGAGUCCUCAAAGAAAUGAACCAAGACACGUCGGCCACUUCGGGUGGUAAAAAGAAGCGGCUGUCUGUGGAACGUCUGUACCAGAAGAAAAGCCAACAUGAGCACAUCUUGCUGCGACCUGAUACCUACAUUGGGUCGGUGGAAGAGGUUACCCAGCAAAUGUGGGUAUACGAUGAGGGAGUAGGCAUGGUGUUCAGGGAUGUGACAUUCGUUCCUGGCUUGUACAAGAUCUUUGAUGAAAUCCUUGUGAACGCGGCUGAUAACAAACAGCGUGAUGCACGUAUGAAUUUGAUCAAGAUUACUAUUGAUGCAGAGAACAACAAGAUUUCUAUCUGGAACAAUGGACGUGGUAUACCCGUGGAGAUGCACAAGGAGGAGAAGAUGUAUGUCCCGUCGCUGAUCUUUGGUCACUUGUUGACAUCAUCCAAUUACGACGACGAAGAACAGAAAGUGACCGGUGGACGUAAUGGUUAUGGAGCCAAACUCUGCAAUAUCUACAGUAAUGAAUUCACUGUUGAGACUGCCUGCAGUGAAUCUGGUCGCAAGCUAAAGCAGACCUGGAAGAGCAACAUGCUGAAACCCGGCGAUCCCAAGAUCACUGAUAGCAAGGACGACUACACAUGCAUCUCGUUCAAGCCGGACCUGUCCAAGUUCAAGAUGGACUCGCUGAACAAGGAUACGGUUGCCCUGAUGACGCGGCGCGCCUAUGACUUGGCUGGUACGUCACGCGGUGUCCGUGUUGUUCUGAAUGGCCAGACGCUAAAAUUGAAAUCCUUCCGCGAUUACGUCAACCUGUAUUUGCAAUCCAGCCGUGGGUCUAACGAAGAUGGUGAUGACGAUGACAAGCCGUCCAAAGAACCCGUUGUCCAUGAAAUUGUCAACGACCGAUGGGAAAUCUGCGUGGCAAGCAGCACUCGUGGUUUCCAGCAGAUCAGCUUUGUCAACUCCAUCGCCACCACCAAGGGUGGAAGUCAUGUGACAUACAUUGCCGACCAAGUAGUGCAGAGUGUGAUGGCUUCGGUCAGCAAGAAGAACAAAGGUGGUGUUGCUAUCAAGCCAUUCCAGAUCAAGAACCACACCUGGGUUUUCAUCAAUUGCCUAGUUGUCAACCCAACUUUCGACUCUCAGACCAAAGAAAACAUGACCCUCAAGGCAGCCAAGUUUGGCAGUAAGUGUGCUCUCAGCGAGGCCUUCCUGAAGAAAGUCCUGCGCUGUGGCAUUGUGGAGCACGUUCUCGAAUGGGCUCGUUUCAAAUCGGAGGCACAGCUGAAGCAGAAAUGCCACAGUACCAAGCACAGUAAGAUUCGCGGCAUUCCAAAGCUGGAUGAUGCCAACGACGCAGGCACGAAGAACUCCCGAGAGUGCACCCUCAUCCUGACGGAAGGAGAUUCAGCUAAGGCAUUGGCCAUUUCUGGAUUGAGUAUUGUUGGUCGUGACCGGUAUGGUGUCUUCCCGCUGCGAGGUAAAGUCCUGAACGUACGUGAAGCGUCUCACAAGCAGAUCAUGGACAACGCGGAGCUUUCGGCACUGGUGAAGAUCCUCGGCUUGCAGUACAAGAAAGACUACAGUGCCCCUGGUGCAUUGGAGACGCUACGCUAUGGUCAUAUAAUGAUCAUGACUGAUCAAGAUCAGGACGGCUCUCACAUCAAGGGCCUCCUGAUCAACUGGCUGCAUUACAACUGGCCAUCGCUGUUCCGCCACCCUGGCUUCCUGCAAGAAUUCAUCACCCCGAUUGUCAAGGCAAGCAAAGGCAAAGAGGAGAUCUCCUUCUACAGUCUUCCAGAGUUUGCUGGCUGGGUGAGCACUAUCGAUAGUACAAAGAGCUGGAAGAUCAAGUACUACAAAGGUUUGGGUACAAGCACCCACCGUGAGGCAAAGGAGUACUUUGCUGGCAUGGAGCGUCACCGUAUCCCAUUCACCUACACUGGCAAAGAAGAUGAUGAAUGUAUCAAGCUGGCGUUCAGCAAGAAGUUGGCUGCAGAGCGCAAGGAGUGGAUCACUAGCUGGCUGCAGCACCGGCGUGAUCGUCGCACCCAGGGUCUGUCUGAAUCAUUCCUCUACGAUAGCAAGAUGAAGUCACUCAGUUACCAGGACUUCGUCAACAAGGAGCUGAUCUUGUUCAGCAAUGCGGACAAUGAGCGAAGUAUCCCGUCGUUGGUCGAUGGUCUGAAGCCUGGGCAGCGCAAAGUCCUCUUCACUUGUUUCAAGCGCAACGACAAGCGAGAAGUGAAAGUUGCCCAAUUGGCCGGUUCAGUGUCUGAGCUAUCGGCCUAUCACCAUGGCGAGGCAAGUUUGAUGGGCACGAUUAUCAAUAUGGCACAGGACUAUGUUGGCAGCAACAACGUCAACCUUCUACUGCCUGUUGGUCAGUUUGGUACCCGCCUGCACGGUGGAAAGGAUGCCGCCAGUCCCCGUUACAUCUUCACCAAGUUGUCACCGCUUGCUCGGCGUCUGUUCCCGCAGUCUGAUGAAGCCAACCUGCGCUUCCUGACUGAAGACAAUCAGCGCAUUGAGCCGGAAUGGUACUGCCCAAUCCUGCCCACUGUUCUCCUGAACGGUGCUGAAGGUAUCGGUACUGGCUACAGCACCUUUAUUCCCAACUUUGAUGUGCGCGAUGUCUUGCGCCAGAUCCGUCGUCUAAUCGACGGCAAGGAGAUGGAGUCGCUUCAGCCCAAGUACAAGGGGUUUACAGGAAUUGUUGCCCAUGUGCAGCCGCAGCGGUAUGCCAUCUACGGCGCUAUCGGUCGUCUAAACGACACUCAGCUGGAGAUCACUGAACUUCCUAUUCGGUCCUGGACACAAGCCUACAAAGAGGCCGUUCUGGAGCCAAUGCUGCAUGGAACUGACAAAAGUCCAUCUUUCAUCCAGGACUACCGCGAAUACCACACUGAAGCCACGGUGCGCUUUGUUGUCACUCUGACUCCGGCCAACAUGGCUGUAGCCGAGAAGGAAGGCCUCUACAAGAAGUUCAAGCUGGAGAGUCGCAUCAGCACCUCGAACAUGGUUCUGUUUGACGGUGAUGGCUGCCUGCGAAGGUAUGACAAUGUGGACACCAUCCUGAAGGAGUUCUUUGAGUUGCGUUCUAAGCGCUAUUCUAUUCGCAAGGAGUAUCUGGAAGGCCAGCUGCAAGCUGAGUCAGACAAGUUGUCCGCGCAAGCCCGCUUCAUCACUGAGAAGAUUUCUGGCAAGCUUGUGAUGGAGGACAAGCCCAUAAAGGAGAUCAUCCAGUUCAUGCAAAAGAGCAAGUAUCCUUCGGAUCCUGUGAAGCAUUGGAAAGAUCAACGCAGCAAGUUAGAAGAGGGUGAAGACAUCGCUGUUGUUGAAGGGGAUGACAGCGAUUCCGAUGAAGCCAGUGAUGCCACCUCUGCUUCAUCCUCACAUGACGGACCUGACUACGAUUACCUCCUGGAUAUGCGCAUGCGCAGUAUCUCCAAAGAAAAGAAGGAAGAGUUGCUGCGCCAACGUGACAACAAGAAUACCGAGCUUGCCAUACUGCAGAAGAAAUCAGCGCAUGACCUGUGGAAAGAAGACCUCAAUGAGUUUGAAGCCGAUCUGAUUCGCCGUGAGGCCCAGGAGAAGGAAGAUUCGCAAGCCGGCCAAGCUGUGCUGGAACAAGCCCAGAAGAAGAGCAAAGCCAAGGCCAAGGGUAGUGGUGGUUCACGUGCCGCCAAAUCCAACGCUCAGUUGUCACUUGCCGCUACCAGUACAGAGCCGAUGGGAGAGUUUGUACCGCCAUCCAUCCCUGCAUUCACUGAUGAUGGUCCAAAGGUUCCCAAAAAGCGCAAGGCACUGGGUAGCAGCACAGAUGAGACCGCCACUGGCGAUGCAAUGGAUGAAGGCACUGCUGAGGCCCCUGUAGCUGCGAAUUCUGCUCCCAGCAAACCUCUUAGCUUGGCGGACCGGCUUAAGCAACCACGAAAACCUGCACCAAAGAAGGCCGCCAAGGACAGUGAGAGUGAUGAUGAUGAUGAUGUUGACUUCGGUGAAGAAGAUUAUUCACCACCUCCGAAGCGCACACAGAGAGCAGUGGUGAAGAAGCCCGUUGUGCUAGACGACAGUGAAGAUGAAGACGAUGACUUCAUGCAGAACAGUGAAGAUCCUAAGGAUGACGAUGAUUUCAGCUUCUCCAACGAUGAGGACCGCCCAGCUAAGCGGCCACGAAAACCUGCAGCAAAGAAGGCCUCCAUUGACAGUGAGAGUGAUGAUGAUGUCGACUUCAGUGAAGACGAUUAUUCGCCACCUCUAAAGAAAGCGAAGAAGCCUGCAGCUGCCACAACAAAAGCGAAGGUGGUCAAGAAGCCAGCAGCCACAGAAACCGCUCCUGUGCCCAGCAAGGCAGCCGCGACUGAAAAGGUGGUCAAGAAGCCAGCAGCCGCUCCUGUGCCCAGCAAGGCAGCCGCAACUGAAAAGCGCACACAGAGAGCAGCUGUGAAGAAGCCCGUCGUACUAGACGACAGUGAAGAUGAAGACGAUGACUUCAUGCAGAACAGUGAAGAUCCUAAGGAUGACGAUGAUUUCAGCUUCUCCAACGAUGAGGACCGCCCAGCUAAGCGGCCACGAAAACCUGCACCAAAGAAGGCCUCCAUUGACAGUGAGAGUGAUGAUAAUGAUGAUGAUGUCGACUCCAGUGAAGACGAUUAUUCACCAUCUCCAAAGAAAGCGAAGAAGCCUGCAGCUACUACAACAAAAGCGAAGGUGGUGAAGAAGCCAGCAGCAGCAGCAGCAGCCGCUCCUGUGCCCAGCAAGGCAGCCGCGACUGAAAAGAAAUUGAAGAAGCCAGCAGCAGCAGCAGCAGCCGGCAAGGGAAAGAGAGCAGCAGUGAAGAAGCCCGUUGUUCUAGAUGACAGUGAAGAUGAGGACGAUGACUUCAUGCAAAACAGUGAAGAUCCUAAGGAUGACGAUGAUUUCAGCUUCUCCAACGAUGAAGACCGUCCAGUUAAGAAGGUGAAGAAGCCUGCAGCUGCCACAACAAAAGCGAAGGUGGUGAAGAAGCCAGCAGCAGCAGCAGCAGCCGGCAAGGAAAAGGCUCCUGCAAAGAAGGCUGCGCCCAAGGCUGCACCAAAAGCCGCACCGAAGGCUGCAACAAAGGCAAAGCCCAAGCCCAAAACUAUCGAGCUAAGUGAUGAUGAAGAUGAUUCAUGGAUGAAUCAAGAACCGUCUGUGCCAGUGACGUCACCAAUGUCCCGUAUCAAGCGUUCCCGCCAGCCUGUCAAGUACAGUUUUGAGGAGUCUGACGACGAUUUGUAGAUUUGUACUCGAUGUGGUAUUGUGUUCCCUCGGAUUCUCAGCAUCUGUGUGUGUAUGAAUGUUUUUUUUUGUGAUGCAAUUUUUAUGCUGCUGGUCCAGUGUACAUUGGUUUGGGUUGCAUGUUUUCUGCACGUCAUAAGUAUAAGAAGAGUCAUAACCCGAUGUUGUUUUCACCUAACCAUUGUAUGUUUUUAUUUGCACGACUGCCGGAUAGAGAUCCUCAAACUCCACGCUGUGUGUAUGUAAACAAAAAUAAGAUUGUUCCUUUUUUUUGUUGGCAAUGACAUUAUUAUUAGAUUGAAUCAACAUUAGGAUUUCACGUAUGAAUAUUUACUAGAGUUUAUCGCGUUAUAGUUUGCUUUGCCUUGCUCAUAGCCUGGCAAUGAAUGCUUCAUUGCAAAAACUAAUACCGGUACAUGUACAUGUAACUAGCCAGCUGCAUCGCCUUACAACGAAUGCUGCAUUGCGAAACUGAUACCUAACCAGCUUGCUUCAGUCAGUCUUGUAGACUACCUUCAUAUGUGGCACAGUAUUAAGGUUAAUAAUUAGCAAUGCUCCUAUUCUGUGCACGCAAUCCAAUCUUUUCUUCUUCUUUAGAAAAUGAAAGAAGCACUGAUAGAACUUCAAUCUAUCCUAGGCAGAACACCCAAAAUAGACUGACUUAACCCGA